UCGCUUCAACAGCACCAUCUCUGGCAGGUGGUGUGCGCUUUAAAAAGCAUACAGUAGGCCAAUUGUUUAGGUCGAUAGACAGGUAGUUGUAGGGAAAAUUAUAUUUAAAAAAAUAGUGUAGGUUUUAAUUUAUUGUUUUGGGGUUCUAGUUUAGCGUCGCGUGUCUUUACGUUUCCUGUUGAUUUACCGGAGUCGCAGCAGAUGAGAAGAACGUCGGGGUUCCCCUUCUCUCAGCGAGACAAUUUGCGUUUUACGACCAUCAGUGAAUUAGACAAGCGGUCCUUCAUCAUCUGGCUCCAGAAAAAGACGGAAAAGCCCUGUGUGUUUGCUCAUUCUGACGGCGAUCUGUUAGCCGGGACUGUCAAGGUCUCACAUCCUGGAGCGGCUUCACCUCGUCCGUCCGCCGGUGUUGCAUGAUAGAAAAUGAAAUGUUGAUGACAUUUUUUGGAAGCGGCCGUGCCUUUUGUGUUCAAAUCGGGAUAUGUGAUAUGCGGAUCCGCAGACGCCACGAAAGCCAAAUGAGCGGACGUUUGUUUCUGCUUUGAAAAUGAGGAAGCGCUUUCACAAAGACCCAGAACAUGGCAAGAAGAAGGUCUCGUCGUCCGUGGGCCCGGAUUUAAACAAAAUGAGAAAGAAAGGAUCAGAAGCGGCUGCAGCACGAAUAUAAUUUUUCUCUCUUUUUUGCAAAAUGACGCCAAAAGGAGGUAAUACGGCGGAGGUAGACGAGGCGCUGCAUCGAUGAAGGCGAUUUGGACAAGUUUUGAGUCGCUCACAAUGAACAGAAAUACUUCACCGCUUCGUAUUAGAUCGUUUUUACUAUUUUGAAAAAUAUUUUUUGGAAGGUUUUGUAAGCCCUCAGUUUUGAAUCUUACUCUUAUUUUUCUACUAUUUUUGAUCCGGAUCCUGCUUUGGCUAUUCAAUGGAAGUAUGUUAUCAGCUGCCGGUUUUGCCUCUAGACAGGCCGGUUCCCAAGCAUGUCCUCAGCCGGAGGGGAGCCAUUAGUUUCAGCUCCAGCUCUUCCCUCUUCGGGGCUCCUGAUCCACGACAGCUGUCACAGAGACGAGGGGCCAUCUCCUACGACAGCUCUGAUCAGACAGCCCUCUACAUUCGAAUGCUAGGAGCUUGUGUAGUAUUCAAACAGCUGUUUGCAAGAGAUGUGAGAGUGAGAAGUCAGGUUGGAUUUGAACCCGAACGAAGGAGCUCCCACCCAUACCUGCGCAUCGACUUCAGAACACUUCACACGCGGCUGGGCUAUGGGUCCUCAUCCGACAGCUCAGGCACUGAAAGGAGAGUUCACAGAUUGCUCAGCUUCCAGAGAUACUUGCACUCAUCCCGCCUGCUGCGAGGAAUCUCCCAGCAGAUCCCCCUCCACAUCCUGGAUGAAGACUACAACGGACAGGCUCGAUGCAUGCUGGAGAAAGUUGGCAACUGGAACUUUGACAUUUUCCUCUUUGAUAGAUUAACAAAUGGUAACAGCCUGGUCACACUGACUUUCCACCUGCUGAACAAGUACGGCCUGGUGGAGCUCUUCCAGCUAGAUAUGGUGAAACUCUGGAGGUUUCUGGUCAUGGUUCAGGAGGACUACCACAAUGACAACCCUUACCACAAUGCUGUCCAUGCUGCAGAUGUCACACAGGCCAUGUACUGCUUCCUGCAGGAGCCCAUGCUUGCAAAGUCUCUGACCUCCUACGACAUCCUCCUGGGUCUCCUAGCAGCUGCCACACAUGACCUGGGUCAUCCCGGGGUCAACCAGCCUUUCCUCAUUAAGACUGACCACUAUCUAGCCACACUCUAUAGAAAUACCUCAGUUCUGGAAAACCACCACUGGAAGUCGGCAGUGGGCCUCCUCAGAGAGACCAGGCUGUUCUCCCAUUUACCUGCUGAGGACAGUUUAAACAUGGAGAGGGAGUUGGGCUCCCUAAUUCUGGCCACAGACAUCAGCAGACAGAACGACUACCUGUCCCGGUUUCGCAUGCACCUGGACAAGGAGAACUUGUGCUUAAGCAACGCCAGCCACCGACACUUCGUCCUGCAGAUGGCUCUGAAAUGUGCGGACAUCUGCAACCCCUGCAGACCCUGGGAGCUGAGCAAACAGUGGAGCGAGAGAGUGACAGAGGAGUUCUUCCAACAAGGAGACAUCGAGAAGAAGCACAAACUUGAAGUCAGCCCUCUUUGUGACAGAGAAGCAAACACAGUUGGCAACAUUCAAAUAGGAUUUAUGUCAUACGUGGUGGAGCCGCUGUUCGCAGAGUGGGCCCGCUUCUCCGACACGCGCUUGUCUCAGACCAUGUUAGGCCACAUGGGGCUGAACAAAGCCAGCUGGGGGGGCUUGCAGCAGGAACAAACCCCCGUCUCGGAAGAGGCCGAGCCUGGAGCGACCGACGCAGAGAAUGUCGCCGCAGGAGGAAGCAGCUCCAAAGAAAUACCUCAGGGAAGCCUAGAAUCCUGACACUCCCUGUGCGCUCCUUCGACCCCGCCUCCUGACCUCUGACCCCAGCAUCCAAGCUUUCCCAAGUGGACACCCAAUCCCAACACUUUCUUUUUUUUUUUUUUUGCAUCUGCCUCCCAUCUAGGUGAACCACUGAUUUUUAUUUAAUUUAUUUAAUUUUUAAUUCCCCGUUUCGGCAUAGAGCAAUACAUAGAUACCUCAUUUGCCUACUGCUGUAUUUUAUUUGUUGCGUUUAUUUAUUUGUCCACUAUAGAAUAGGCAUUACUGACUGAAAACACCACUUAAUUUUUUUGUUUUGUGGACUUUAAGGGGAAAGCAGUGUACAGAGCGAAUAAGACUUCUGGUAUUUUUUUUUGAAGUGCCAUUUAAGAAAAAAAAACUCUUUUGAAGAAUGAUUGAAACUGAGACAACUGGAGUAUUGAGACAUGAAACCCCUCUGAGACUUUCAAUUCAUGCCAUGUUGCAUUUAUAUUGAAGAUUCUUCCUCGUGUUCAAGAAAAAAAAAAAAAAAAAGUGACAAGCCCAGUUCUUCUGCUGCCUCUACAAAGACUGUUUACGCAUCUCCGUGUUUGUUGAACUCUUUCUUUAAACUGAGGUGAAUCCUGUCGGCUCCACGGUUUGCCUUCUGAAGCACAGAUGUGAAGAACCACUCGUUUGAACUGUCAUCCCACUGCUGAAGCCAUGAGCAGAACCUGAUUCUAACACACCAGAUGCCAUAAAUGACUCCACCUGUGCUACCAUGAGUUCUUGCACUCCAACUGUGAUGCUGGGUGUGCAGCUACGUCUCUGUGACCUCUCCUCGACAUCCUGUCAACCGUGUUAUUGUUUGAUGUAGUCAUUUUCAGAUGUGUGUGUCCUCAUCCAGCCCUGGUUUAACUCCCCGGCAGACGGGGGAUCGGUCAGUCCCCCCUGCGCCUGCAUCUCACCUGGAACUCCACCCCAUGCAACUCUACUGGCUCAGGGUUUUGCCUGUCUCUUUCAUGAGGGAGGGAGGUGGAGGAGAGGACGGACACUGCAUGGUUUCUUUGAUAGUGCUCGGAUCAGCUGACGGAGGCUCCCUCCCUGCAGAAUGUCUCUCACAGCCACAUGAAACCUAAAGGACUGCUCGACUGAUGCCUUAUAACUAUGCACAAACUAUGCUAAGUGACCAAACCGACUCCUCUUUCCCAUCAAGUGCAUGGUGUGCUUGUUCGAAUGCACUGUCCAAUCCCUUUGCCUUUUCGUUGAGGAACAACUACGGCUGACUUUUUCUUUGUUUUUGUUUUUGGUGUGUGUGUUUUGUACGGAAACAAACUGGCCGAGUGAAUUUGAACAUUCCAUUUCUUUGUUUGAUUUUGUCUCUUUCGACUGUGUAUAGUGGCUCGGAUUGUGUUUGUGUUCUUUUGACAGGAAACAGGUGCUUUUCUUACUUUAGCUGAUUAGUAUUUUUGCUGUAAGUGCUGUAAGACUGUUGACAAAACUGUUUACAAUUUGUUGCGACAGCCAUUUUUGGGAAGACUUCAGUGUCGAGCCAGGUUUUGUAAAGGCUUUGCUGUUUUGACCUUUUUGAUACAUGCCUGUUGCAGUUCCAAUUUGAAUAAUAAAACCUGUUGUUAAUUUUCAUAACUCAAAA